AUGUACAUCGAGAAGGUGGAAGUUCAAAAUUUCAAGAGCUACCGUGAUAAAACUGUCUUAGAUGGUCUCUCUCCCGGCCUGAACGUUUUUAUAGGGCAGAACGGCUCUGGGAAGAGCAACCUUUUACAAGCCGUCGAAUUUGUGCUCAAAGGUAAAAAAAGUUUUUUUAGAUUCCAUCAAAAGCUGCACGUCUUGAGCGACGGCUGUGACGGAUCUGUGUCCGUGCAGAUCGUCCUCGCAGACUGCGACCCGGCUCUGGGAGGACGGCUGGCCCUGAAGAGAGAGAUGAACGCCAGAGGGUUUGAUUUUUUCAUCAACAACUGCAAGACGAGUUCGAAAAAUUUCUACAGGCUCUUGGAGAUCUGCGGGUUCUGCACAGGUGCCGAGUACUACUUCGUCAAUAAAAAUUUAUUGAAAACCUUUAUCACCUUUUCGCCGGAGCAAAAACUCGAUUUUCUGUUAUCCGGUUUAGGGAUGGCUUUUUACAAAUCGGUCAUUAGCAUUAAAGAAGUCCUCCGUAAGAUUGAAAACUCGAUGCUGAGAAUAUCCUCGUUUCAAGACCACCUUUCAGAAAUAAGCAUUUUUUACAAACAGUCUAAUGCCAAGGAGUUGAAAAAAUGGAAACAAUUCAAACUCUUGUGUGAAUGCAAAGCUUAUCUUAUGGCUCAAAUGCAACUCAAUUGCCUUGUAAAGAUGAGAAAAAAAGAAAUUGGCAUUGGAGGAGAAACAGGUUCUUACAGUAAAAACAAAGCCGAAUACAGAAAAAAUUGUUUACAGUUACAAAAAACCACAACCCUGCUAGAAGAAUUGAAACAAAUGCAUUUAUUAACCAAUACCCUACUUGAGGAUACUGAGCGUGAAAUACUCAAUUUAUUAGUAAAACAAACACAAGUCGAAUUGAAAAUAAAUGAUCUGAACGAGAAGAGAAGUAUUUUGAUGAAAAAUUCUCAAAAAGAGAUUUCAGAGGAUGUUGUAAAAGAACUUAUGCAUUGCCUCACCAGUGAAGAAAAAACAAUUAAGGAAGAGACCGACAUGCUAAACAAUUUAACAAAACAACUUGAAAUGGCGGAAAAUGAAAGAGCUCUCAUAAUCGGAAAAAUGGGAAGACUGGAUCAGUUUCCAAAUAAAGAUUCAAGAGACAGAUGGCUGGAUGAAAACAUUAUCAUAUUAAAAAACAAAAUAAAUUACGAACAAGAUUCAAUAAACGAUUUUAAAAAAACUAUAUUGAAUCUUCAAGAGUUGAAAGAAAAAUAUUUAAAUGAGAUGAAGGUAGCAGAACUCUAUUCUCAAAAUAAAAACAGAGAAGAAGUACAAAAGAGAAAAUACUCCUUGGAAUACAGCAGUUUGCAGAUGGAAAUGAAUGAAUUACAAAGAGAUGAAAAUAUACUUGAAUAUGAUAUUCAGAAUUUACAAAAGAGUAUAAACUUUAAGAAAGUUGAGCUGAUAAAAAAAGUUGGAAGGAAUAUAGUAGAAGGGAUAGAAUCAGUUAAAAAGGUCAUAGAUUUGGAUAAAAAUGAAAAUAAUGGUACCAAUUUCCAAAUGGCACAAGGGUACUUAGGUACUAUCAUAGAAAGUUUCAAAUGUGAUGAUGCCCUUAACGAAGCCAUCGAUGCGACAGUCGGAAAAUUCAUGUUCUCACACAUUGUUACGACAGAUUCUAUCGGUACACAAAUUCUUCAAAAGAUGAAAAAGCUAAAUCUACCUGGUGAAGCACAAUUUGUACCUUUAAACCGUAUAAUUACAAGGGAUGCUAUACAAAUAAUAAACGAUGAUGCCAUGCCUCUAAUAAAAUUACUUAGUUUUACAGAUGAGGUUGAAAAAGCUAUGAUGUUUUGUUUCGGUGGAAUUCUAAUUUGUAAAAAUAUUGAAGCCUCGGUUGAGUCUGCAAGAACAUAUGAAUGCACAUGUGUAUCUAUUGAUGGAGAUGUGGUCAAAAAGAGUGGCAUAUUGACUGGGGGUUACAGACAGAAAAAAUUGAGCUUGCGAUCAAUGUAUAAUGAUAUUUUACGACAACAAUCCAAGAUUUCUAAAAAAUACCAACAACUCGAAUACAAUGCGCAAAAAUCAAAUCAGUUGUCACAGCAGAUGAACAAAGUUCUCUCUGAACUGCAAAAAUUAAAUGCAAAGGCCAAAAUAGAAAAUAGCCAACAAUCAGUUGCAGAAGUUAGCAAUAAAGUAAAAUUGGUAACUCAAGAGAUUGAAUCAGUUAAAAAAGUAAAGGAAAGAAAGGAAGAGGAGAUUAAGCAGCUAUUUAGAAAUUUACUUAAUUUAGAGUUAGAAUUAAAAGAGCCUUUUGGUGCACAAUACACAGUGGAUUCCAGCCGACUUACAAGGCUUAACAAAAAUAUAAUAGACAGGGUGAGCCUCAAUUUAGAAACUGACGAAGAGGAAAUCUGGACGGCAAAAAGACUGAUCAUGAAUUUAUUUACCUCUGGAGAUAGCAUCUUAGCAUUGGCGAACGUGCAGAAUUUCAGAAUAUGCCUGAUGGAUGAAAUUGACCAAUUUCUAACCGAUGAAACCAUCGACUUGUUAAACCAUAUGCUGUCUGAGUUGAACAACAUGCAGUUCUUUGCAGCAUCGCACAGGGAACUUUUCAUUAAAAAAGGUGAUAACUUGUUUAUCGUAAAGAACCAUCAAAACAGGAGUUUUGUCAAUAGGAUUGAUGAAAAUGACACAGCCGAACUAGAAAAGCUGUUAGGCACUUGUUCAUACUCAUAUGUACCUGAAGAUUCUUCUAUCUCAGAAUAUUAA